GUCAGACUGUUGAUGUUUUGUGCUCAAGCUCUCGACCGGGAAGACGAGACGUUUUUUUUUCAUCUUGUUUGUCGCUUUAGCGUCCAAACGUCGACGAGGAUCUUCGUUUUGUUUGCUGCUUCUUCCUUCUCGACGUUAGCUCCAUGUUUAGCGGCUAGCGGCCCGACCGAAGGCCCGACGCAGCGAAUCUUUUGAUCCAAAAAGGCAGGACUCGUCGCCCUCUGCCCCCUCCCUCCCUCCUCCCCCCGUCCCCCCCCCCCCCCUCCUCCCGCACCACCAUGACGAUCCUGCCCAAAAAGAAGCCCAGCUCUGGGGUCGGGGUCGCGGAUCACGCCGAUGACAGCGACCGGCGGAGCGGCGCGGACCCACACCAGCACCCUCACGCGGGAAGGACCGGGGCUCGGCCGCGAGCUUCCCCUCCGCCGUGGUCCUACCAGCCCGCGCCGCCGUCGGCCAGGGACGAGCGGCGGAGCAUCGAGGCGAGCUCGCGGCCGCAACAGGCCUCUCCGCCGCCUGGUGGCUCCGUGGCCUCCGCGGGGCCGGGCGACGGUCGGGACGGCGGCGGCGGCAUGGUGGCGACCUCUCGUGGGGACCUGGUGGUGCAGGCCGGCGUGGUGGGCUGCGGAGGGAGUAUCGGCGGCUGCUGCUCCGGGCCCGGACUGAGCAAGAGGCGGCGGCAGGCGGGCACCUGCUCCGGCGCGGUGGUGGCGGCUCUGGCCGGAGGGGGCCAGCCCGGCGUGAGUGGCCCGGGUGGGGUUGGCUCCAGCCAGGACCAGGACGAGGGAGCCGGCAACAACAGCGAGGACGAGUACGAGAACGCCGCCCGCUUGCAGGCCGUGGACCCUGCCACCGCCGAGCAGCAAGAGCACUGGUUUGAAAAAGCUCUUCGGGACAAGAAAGGUUUCGUCAUAAAGAAAAUGAAGGAGGACGGAGCAUGUCUCUUCAGAGCUGUGGCUGACCAGGUGUAUGGCGAUCAGGACAUGCACGAAGUAGUGAGGAAACACUGCAUGGACUACCUGAUGAAGAACGCCGACUAUUUCUCCAACUACGUUACGGAGGACUUCACCACAUACAUUAACAGGAAGAGGAAAAACAAUUGCCAUGGCAACCACAUUGAGAUGCAGGCCAUGGCUGAGAUGUACAACAGGCCAGUGGAAGUGUAUCAGUACAGCACAGAGCCAAUCAACACCUUCCACGGCAUUCACCAGAAUAAUGACGAGCCCAUCCGAGUGAGCUACCACCGCAACAUCCACUACAACUCUGUGGUCAACCCCAACAAGGCCACAAUUGGCGUAGGCCUGGGCCUGCCCGCCUUCAAGCCGGGGUACGCAGAGCAGUCUCUGAUGAAGUCGGCCAUCAAGACAUCGGAGGAGUCAUGGAUUGAACAGCAGAUGUUGGAGGACAAGAAGCGAGCCAGCGACUGGGAGGCCACGUGUGAGGCCAUUGAGGAACAGGUGGCCAGGGAGUCCUACCUGCAGUGGCUGCGCGACCAGGAGAAGCAGGCCCGACAGCCUAGGAAAGCCAGCGCUACCUGCAGCUCGGCCACAGCGGCAGCCUCCAGUGGCCUAGAUGACUGGACUGCUCGGUCGCCUCGGCAACGGGACGCGGACCCCUCUCACUCGGACCUGACGAGCGCCACAUCUACAGUCAUCAAGCCCCCUUCGCCUGCAGGCGCUGCCCUCAUCCUCAACAAACCGCCCUCACCAUGUGCACCAGGUCCCAGUAAUCCCAGUCGUCAUCAUUUAGAGUACAGAGCCAUCAUGCAGGAAAUGUCACCUACAGCGUUUGGUCUGACCGACUGGGAGGACGAUGAGAUCCUGGCAUCGGUCCUGGCCGUGUCCCAGCAGGAAUAUUUGGACAGCAUCAAACAUCAGAGUGGCACCAUGCAGCAUCGAGAGCGCGAAGCAUCACCUGACAGCAGCUGAUGGACACACACGUGAUCUAUGACCCCAACCCUCACCCGUCACCUUUGACCCCCCCCCAGAAGAUUGCCAGGGAUACAUUCGACCCAAAAGAAAGAAAUGCAGUUAUUUUCUCCAUUUUUCCAUUCCUUCUCUCCGUCAUCAUCUUGUCAUCGUGGAUCCUCCGAGCUUCACUGUCACCGAGCAACGCGCUAACUACAGUACAUGCUAACUGACUAUACCAAUCAUGUAAAGUUAGCUUAUAAAAUACAGAUCACUUGUUGAAGGAGCUGUUCUGUUGCUGGCACGUUGACGAUUACACGUCAUGUAUGAUCGAAAACAUGUUGCGUCCAUGAUCGGUGUCGUCACAUGACCUCACUUUUAUGGUAUUUAUUUAUUCUGGUUUGCACAUGUGCAGUAAAAGCUAUAUAUUCAGAAACCUUCACAGAUAGCUUGAGGUUUCCGCAAACCUAGCACAGUGUUAGCUGCUAGCCGUUAGCUGGGACAAAGGGAACUUUAUACCAGGUUAAAAUGUGUUUGAGGUUCUAAUUAAUAGCAAAACUCAUCUGACCGCCAAAAUAAAAAUAUCAAAUACGAGUUAGCAUUAGCACUCCGGCUUACUUUGCUGUCAGUUGAAUUUCUGCUGACUGGCUAAUUCAGUUUAUCUUUGACUGCGAUUUCUGGCUUUAAAAAAAGGGCGGCUGAGAUUUUGUCUAAAAAAGGGGGGUGGGGGUGGCAUUUUGCUAAUUGCUAUUGAUCAUGUAGCACAAUGACGUGUGAGCGAGGCUAACCAACGGCGUGUCCUGCGCCUCAUGCUACGUUAGCAUGUUGUCAAGUUAACGCCUGAAGUCUUACUGUUGUACAAUUUAAAGUACUUCCUGUUGUACACUUUAAAAGUACUUCCUGUCCUCAGCCAGUGUGUGUUUACGUUCUAUCGUCAGCUCUUAAAUAUAUUUUUAAAAACAUAACAUCUUUAGCUCUUCCUCUUCUUACCGCCUUCAUUGUCAUCAUCAUCACAAACUUCUUAGCAGCAUGUUUGAUCACGACCAAUAUCGCCAUGGAGACAAAGCGAUAAAUGAGAGAGAAAAAAACGUAGAGAAUUGUCAUACUUAUCCUCUUGCUGAUUGAUUAUUGUUGUUAUUAAUAAGAUAAGUUUGUUUUAUUUCAUCACUUGAGAUGAAAAUAAUUUUUUCUUGGAAUAAAAAGAGGAAAACGUUUCUGACAAAACGUGGUGAGUGUUAUUUAAAAGCUGCUUGUUAUUACUCAUAGACAUACAGUAGAUAGACGCCGCACCGAGUGGGUUUAUCCAUUGCUGCGAUACGUCAACGUCGCCGCCAUAUUGGAUGGGUCAAGGUUGCCCUGUAAAUGAAUACAAUUCAAUAUACAGUACUUACUUUCAUAAAGCGCCUUUGUAUAUACAUUCACACACGCACCAAUAUACUUGGCAAACGGUUAGCCCAACUGUUUCCCAAGUACAAAGCACCAAAAACAAUGUGAUUGUAAUUGUUUCUGGUGCCUAGCUGUUUCUCAAGUACAUUAGUAUUAUAUUAGAGAGGAAUUAACUUAAAUUUCUUUGUAGAAAGUAAGUACAUUUACUUGUAUUCGCUUACAGCGCAGCCUUUACCCAUCCAACAUGGCGGCGACGUUUGACGUACGGUGUAGCGCUAGAUGAGACGUCUAUAGAUGUCUGUGGUUUUACUUGUUCGCGAUGGUGAAAGGGUCGGAGCUGAUUGGCUGACCGUACAGAAAAAAGUUGUUGCAAAAUUGACCAUUUACGACAUUUCGUCAUAGACAUACCGGUAAAAACUGAAAAGUGAUACAAAAAUACUUAGUAUUCAUGUACGUACAGUAUUUGGUGGAGUAAUUCACAUUUUCCAUGCAUCGUAAAUGGAACAGUUCAAACAAUUGCUUACAUUACUUUUAACAUGCUGCAAUACCAUGAAUGUCCAGCAAACGGCGACAUCCGCCUCGCCUCAUUAAAUUGUACAUAAGUGUAUAUAGGUCGACACAGUUUUCCAUCAGGGGCGUAUUUAGUCAUUUGGGGGCUAAAGGCAAACCCAGAUUCUCCACAUCCUGGUACUGCACUGACAAAAGUUUUGUUCUCACCUCAACACAAGGUCUUCAAUGUGGGCAAUAGCUAGUUACACGGCCAUGUUUAUAUACCCUCGCAAAAAACAUUUUAAAUGUUAAUCAUCUACUAAGUUGGUAGAUGAUCAUAUUUAAAGGAAAAUUUGACAUUGUUUGGAACAUCAUCCACAAUGCUUAUGUGAGACAUGAACACACGUCUUUCUCUUUUCUGUGUGCUAUGAUAAAAACAGCUAAACAGAGGCAGCUGAUUAAUGCACGUAAUGGGAAACAUACUCUGCCUAUGGUAAUGGUUUAAUUCAUCUUCAACAUGCACACAAUUACAAUUCGAUUUUGUCGCUUACAUAUUUUCUCAAAAGCGGCUAGCGACAAAUCUAGCAACUUUUUCCUGACGUCGUUGGGGAGUUUUCUAAUACGGUGAAAGCACGUAUUGUUCCAAAAUUUGUGUUUUCGCUGAGCAGUGGCGGGUGCUGUUGACAGGUCCGCCACGCCCAAACGUAGUCACAAGCCACGAUGUGGAGCGCUACGCAUCCAAAGUGCAAAUGGAUUGCUAUUGCAUAUCUUCACCAGAAGAGGGUGCUACUCACAAUCCACAUCUGUCAUCUUAAUGUGAGCCAUAGUAGAUUAAACACAGCAUAAUCUGUUAUUUUGCGAUUGGCUGGCGACCAGUCCAGGGUCUACUCCCGCUCUCGCCCAAAAUCAGCUGGGAUUGGGCCCAGCAUACCCACGACCCAAGUGAGGAUAAGCGGCAUAGAAAAUGGAUGGAUGGAUAAUUUGUUAUUCACUGUUCAAAUGUGAUAAUUUAAAAAAACUUAUCAAUUGCCAAUGUGUGAUGGGAGAACUUUGAG